UAACUGUUCUCUUUCAUUCCCUCUACCUACUCAAACACACUUCUUCUCUCACACACAGUACACAAUCUACUGUAUGUGAGUGUUGCAACUACUUAUUUUACGGAAUACAAUACAAUCUCGGAUUCUUACUUCUCCCCUGUGGGCACUUCUAAACUUUUUCUCAGGGAUUUUUUUCUCUCACAACCUGGCAACCCGUAGAGAGCAGCAAGCAGCAGUUGCCAGAACAAGAGGAUGUGUCCUAUCCCUGGAGAGAAAAGAUAGAAGAGUCUGAGCUGAAUCUUAACGAGGACGUGGAUCUGUCGGAGGAGAUCUGAGGAGACGACCAGGAACAGGAUAAAAGAGGAGGAGGAGGAGGACAGAACAUGGGCCAUUCCUGUUUGUGGAUUUUUCUGCUGUCCCUGUCUCUCUCCCACCAGGCAGUCACUGAACAGGCAGAAGCAUGUCGGACGGCGGAGCCUGCAGACCUAGUGUUCUUGGUGGAUGAGUCGUGGGGCGUGGGCCAGACCAGCUUCUCCAGGGUUAAGGACUUCAUCUCGGCCAUCAUGAAUUCCUUUCAGGACAGUGUGGUGGGGUCCGAGGGCAUCCGCUUUGGAGUCACCGUCUACGGAGAUAUACCCAGGAUGCGUAUCGCCCUGACAGACUACAGUAGUCUCGAGGAGGUCCUGAGGGCAGUAAAGGACCUCCCGUUUGAAGGCGGGGCCAGUCGAACGGGCGACGCCCUCCAGUUCCUGGUGGAUUAUGUCUUCAGUGCGGCUAUCACCAGGGACAAUACCCCCAAGAUUGCUGUCCUGAUCACAAACGGCCGUUCGGAUGACCAGGUGGAUGGGCCGGCCAAGGCUGUCACAGACAAUGGAAUCUCUAUCUAUGCAGUGGGGGUGAGAGGAGCCGACGAAUCAGAGCUGCGCAGGAUUGUGACUGAGCCCCACGAGGAACACCUGUUGCUAGCCGCUGACUUCUCUCUCCUGGAUGCUCUCCUGCCCAAACUGUCCCGAAGAAUCUGUUUCACCGCCUCUGAACCCCCACGGCCCGUCAAAAACACCCCGGCCGUGGAGGAGCGUGUGGUGGGUCCCCGGGACCUCCAGGUGAGUGAGCUAGCCUACAGUAGUCUGAGGCUGACCUGGAGCCAGGCCACGGGGGACGUCACCGGCUACCGCCUCCUGGUCACCCCCCUCAGUCCCAAGGGACAGCUGCUGCCCAGCCUGCAGACACAGACUGAUCUGAAAGGUGUUGAGAGGACAUCUCUAGUGACAGAGCUGACUCCUAAGACAGAGUACUCUCUGACUGUCUACGCCAUCUACCCUGGCCUCAUUGGAGACUCUGCCACCAUCAUUACACAGACACCCCCUGUGCCUCCUGUCUCAAACUUCCGUGUGAUGGAGGAGGGCCUCUUCUCUCUGAGGUUGGCAUGGACACCACCUCUAGGGAAGCUCGAGGGAUACAAGAUAUUCAUCCCCAGAUCCGACCGGCCAGGACUGACCUAUGAGCAGGUGCUGCGCGGCGACACCUCCUCCCAUGUGAUUGACAGCUUGGAGGAGGAUAAGAAGUACACCGUCAGUAUCUUUGCUAUCUACCCCCAGGGCCCCAGCCAACCUGUCUCGAUCGUCGGCAAAACACUGAAACUGGUGCCAGUGCAGCAGCUCCUGGUCCAAAACGCCACCACAGACACCGUCCAGGCCCGCUGGGGCUCAGUGAAGGGGGCCACGGGGUAUCGCCUCACCUGGUCCUCCUCAGAGGGCCAUAGAGAGAACGUGAACCUGGGGGAGACCUUUAACUUCUACAUGAUCCAGGGCCUCCACCCAGGCACUGAGUACGCCAUCACCAUCAACCCCAUCUUUGUGGACAUUGAGGGCCCUGUCAUCUCUACCCCAGCCAAGACACUGGAGAGCAGUGCAGUCCAGACUCUGAAGGCAUCGGCAGUGAGCACCAACAGUGCCAUGGUCUCCUGGAACUCUGUCCCUGGGGCCACCGGCUACAGACUAGCCUGGGGGCCCACUCCAGAGUUUGUGGGUCGGGACCGUCCUAGGCAGCUGGCUCUGAACGGCUCCACCACAGAGCACCUUCUGAAGAACGUGGUCCAUGACACAGAGUAUGUCCUGUCUCUUUACGUCCUGUUUGGAUCGCUGGUGGGUCCCGGCGUCUCAGCUACCUUCCGCACCUCCCCUUUGGGAUAUGUGUCUAACUUCCACGUGACUUCCUACACCAGUUCCUCCAUCGACGUGGAGUGGAGUCCCGUCGUGGGGUCCACCGAGUACAAACUCACCUGGAACAUCGAUGGCAACACUCCCCAGUCCCAGUAUUUGGACCGCAGCGUUCUGUUUCACCGCACUGAGGGCCUCAACCCAGAGACAGUCUACAUAGUCAGCAUCCACGCUGUCUACGGCAACACAGAGGGGCCAGAAAUCUCCCUCUCACAGCUCACAGCGUCGGUGACAGAGUCAGAGCUGAUCCAGGCGGUCAAGGAGGUGAAGGUGGUGGAUGUCGGAGUCAACUCCUUCAUACUGACCUGGAGGAGAACACCUGGGGUCACUGGCUACAAGAUCUCCUGGAGCCCCUUCCAUGGUGGCGAUGAGAAGUCCCAGCUAGUCUCUUCGUCCACGACCUCCUUCACCAUCCCUAAGUUACAGGAGAGCUCGGCCUAUAAGAUCCAGGUGGCAUCUAUGGUGGGGGGCCGAGAAGGGAGCCCGUUCCUGGUCACUGCACGCACCUUGGACCUGCCCAAAGUGAACGGCUUCGCAGCGCUGAACACCACAGACAGCAGCACUUCCCUCAACUGGAUCAGAGUUGCCGGGGCUUCUGGGUACCUGCUCUCCUGGAGGCACAUCUCAGAGUUGGACACCAAAAAGGAGAAGCUUGGCCCUUCUGCCACCAUGUUUAAGCUGAGUGAUCUGCUGUAUGGCAGGACCUACAUCUUCACCAUCAGACCUCUGUAUGGAGAGGUGGAGGGACCCAUCACCUCUAUCAACCACAGGAUAGUGGCCAAGGACCGUCCUCUGGUGCCGGUCCAGUCUUUACCUGUCACGCCUUCCCCUCUCCUCCCUCACACCCUCACCGCCUCCCACCCCAACGCAGCCAAAGCCCACACCCUCACCGCCUCCCACCCCAAAGCCACCAAAGCCCACACCCGCUCCAUCGUCACCAAAUCCCCCUCCAAAACCACCGCCGGCACCGCCAAGAAACCCCCAAGCACCACCGUUGUCAAAACAGCUGCAGCCACCACCAGCGUCGGCCAUCUUACCACCAAUACCAGAAACGUAUUGGCUUUGGAUACAGAAACAACUGUUGGACCAGGGCCAGUGUGUGGCAGGGUGAAGGCAGACAUAGUGUUCCUGGUGGAUGAGUCAUGGAGCAUCGGAUCCAAUAACUUUGCCAAGCUCAAGGACUUCCUGUUCCGGGUUGUCACCUAUUUCCCUGUGAUUGGUCCUCAGGGCACGCAGAUAGCAGUUGUGCACUACAGUGAUGAACCAAGGAUAGAGUUCAAACUGAAUGAUUACAAGAACAGGAACUCUGUCCUAAAGGCUCUGAGAGGAGUACACUAUGGAGGAGGCAACACCAAAACCGGGAAGGGGAUGAGCUACGUUCUGAAGGAGCUGUUCCAGGAGUCUCUGGGGAUGAGGCAGGAGGUGCCUCAUGUCUUGGUGUUGCUGACAGAUGGCCGGGCCGUGGACGAUGUGGAGCAACCCUCCAGGAUCGCACAGGCUUAUGGUGUGAGUGUGCUGGCCAUCGGGGUGGCCAAUGCAGACAUGGACGAGCUGAAGAAGAUAGCAUAUCCAGCCAGCUACCAGAACAUCUUCUACGCCAGGGACUUUGAUGACUUCUCCUCCAUAGAGAGAGAGUUCAUCAGCAACAUCUGCAGCGAGGCGCUGCUCUCCGAGUUCAGACAACACGACGAGUCUGCCCAGCUGGACACUCCAACUGAUGACCCUGAUGAGCUGACCAAACCCCAGGGCCCCUGCUCCUUACAGUGCAAGGGGCAGAAAGGUGAAAAGGGAGAUGGCACUGGUAAUGGUGGACUGAGACUCCAGCAAAACACUGCGAUGUUUGAGUCAAUUGGCCUCAAGUCCAAAGGAGAGAAAGGAGAGAGAGGACUUCCUGGAACAGAUGGUGUCCCCGGGUUGCCAGGACGACCAGGACGAACCGGACCCCCAGGUUCAGCCGGACAACGGGGUUUAGAAGGUGUUCCAGGUGAUCUGGGGCCUCCUGGUAUCACUGGUCCAAAAGGCCAGAGAGGAGAGAGGGGGGAGCCUGGGUAUGUUAUAGGGGGCAUAGGAGACGGCCAUUAUGCUCCUGGACGAAAGGGAGAGCCUGGAUCAUCAGGACCCCGAGGGGCUCCGGGUGUACCAGGGGUCUCUGGACCCUCAGGCCUGCCUGGACAGUCAGGUUCACCUGGGUCCUCAGGGAUAUCUGUUAAGGGGGAACAUGGGGAGGCAGGUGCUAAAGGUUUGCGUGGGAAAGCAGGGGCCAAAGGAGACAAAGGAGAUCAUGGUAAAGAUGGCCAAGCAGGGUUACCUGGUCCCAUUGGAAUUGAUGGUGUUCCAGGCUUCCCAGGUCAAAUGGGAUAUAAGGGAGAGGAGGGGAUCGGAGUUCCCGGUGUCCAGGGGCCUCGUGGAGAGCCAGGGGAGAAGGGAAAUAUAGGCCUAUCAGGACCUGAGGGACUAAAGGGAGAGGCUGGUGUUCAAGGGAUACAAGGGGUUGUCGGACCACGGGGGAAGAAGGGAGUGAAAGGCAUCCAAGGGGAUAAGGGCGAUCGAGGAGAGGUGGGGCCUAUGGGAACACAGGGAGUGACAGCAUUUCUUGGUACCCUUCCCCAGAAGGGUGAUGAGGGGAAGAGAGGAGUUCUGAAUGACCCAGCCAAAGGGAUCCUUGGUCCCACAGGAAAGAAGGGUACCAGGGGUGACAUUGGUCCCAUCGGUGCGACUGGACCCCAGGGAGUAAAAGGGGUCCAAGGAGUCAAAGGAGAGAAGGGUAGUCCUGGGUUCGGCAUUCCUGGACAGCAGGGACCAAAGGGAGAAAACGGUGAAAGGGGAAAUGUUGGCUUGUCUGGGAAACCUGGACCCAAGGGGCACGAUGGCUCUAAAGGGGCAGGGGGAACUGUUGGGGUCCCCGGGAAUCCCGGAGCACCAGGACUAAGAGGUAAAGAUGGUGUGUCUGGAAUCAAAGGAGAAUCAGGACUACGGGGAGAGCAGGGACCAGCAGGUGAGCCUGGUGAGAGAGGAACAAGGGGCCCACUGGGGUUACCGGGACGACCAGGGGACCCAGCAGAGAAAGGAGAUACCGGGAACAUUGGUUUGCCUGGAACGGAGGGAAAGAAAGGAGAGCCUGGAAAACCAGGACCUCCGGGAGGCGCGCAAUUCAGUUCAGACAACGAUAUCCUGACUAGGGUGAUCAAGGGUGAACCAGGACAUCCCGGAGAGCCCGGUCUCAGAGGGGAGACAGGUCUGCCUGGACAAAGGGGUCCUGAUGGAAAACCAGGAUCUCCAGGAACGGGAGGGUCUGUGUCAGGGAGAGAUGGUCUGGAUGGGUUACCAGGAAAACCUGGAUCCAAGGGUGACCCAGGAAAGACGGGCGAGCCAGGAACGAGGGGAGAGAAAGGAGACCAAGGCAGGGUGGGGAUUGCUGGAAUGCCUGGUUUACCUGGGACCCCAGGUAGACCUGGCAUUGAUGGAAAGAGAGGUCUGGCUGGAAAAGAUGGAGAGCAAGGACAAAGAGGAGAUGAUGGCAAAAAGGGUGAUACAGGUGAAUCGGGAACUGAGGGUAAAAAAGGGGAAUUGGGUGCUCCGGGCCCACCUGGUACCCAUGUUCUGGUUACUCAACAAGAGGGUGCCACACUUGAAGAGAUGAGACAGGCAUUCCCUUUGCCAAUGGGACCUCCUGGGGCUAAAGGUCCACCAGGGAUGAAGGGUGACGCUGGUCUUCCAGGGAAAGCAGCUGACAUGAAGAACAUUGAAGUAAUGUUUGAAGACUAUGGCAUAAGGCUGCCCUUGCUGAAGGCACUGAUUGACAGGCUGCUGCAGGACGGCAUGGAGGAGCUUCUGCAGGAGCUAACCACCUCUAGGAGAGUCAAUGAGAAGGAGAAUCACGGCUCCAACAUUAUCACUGACUAUACAAGAACUGUAAAGUAUGAGAUCUCCAAGGAGCCUCUGACAGAGAUGGACACCAAAGAGGAAGCAGUUGACUCUGACCUAGACAGACAGCUACCAGAACCUAACUCUGAUGCUUUGAAUGAAACGGCGGAGGGCCCCACAUUCUGGAGCCUCACCCCUCUUAAUGGUCUUAAUGGGGUCCAAGACGUGGGGAGGAUAGAGAGCACCUCUAAGGGGAUAGAGGGGACACUGACAGUGGACGAGGACUUCAGUGAAGCUCCCUCGCCCAUGUUGGCUUUAUCAAACUCAACAUUUAACAACACAACGUCUGAAGAGAGGGUCUCUGAGGUACCAGGGGCAAUAGUAGAAACUGUUCUCCUCAGUGGGGAAGACUCCUUGAAGAAAAAGAAGAGUCGAGAACGGAAGGGCAAGGGACAGAAAGGACGACAUAAGAGGCAAAGACAACGCCUGACGAGUACAGAGGAGGAAGAGGAAGCGGAGGAGGAGGAAUUAUACGAUGGGGAUGAGUACAGUUAUGAAUAUGAGGAUUCCACAGAUGAUCCCUUACUGCCGAUGGAAAAGCAAGGGAAGUUUGAAAUCCCAACAGAAAGCACACUACAUGGAAUGAGCAAAGAGAGUGGCCUGACAACUUUAGGUCCAUAUCCAUCCCAGUCACCGGGACACAGUGAAAAGCAGGGGGAAUUCAUCACCCCUAUCUUUCCCAGCACAACGGAAGAAACAGAGAAGGAUUCCACAGAUGAUCCCUUACUGCCAAUAGAAAAGCAAGGGGAGUUUGAAAUCCCAACAGAAAGCACACUACAUGGAAUGAGCAAAGAGAGUGGCCUGACAACUUUAGGUCCAUAUCCAUCCCAGUCACCGGGACACAGUGAAAAGCAGGGGGAAUUCAUCACCCCUAUCUUUCCCAGCACAACGGAAGAAACAGAGAAGGCGGGACCAUCUCAUGUCCGGGUCAGAGUAAGGAAGAGCGCCCCCUGGCCAGAUUACAUGGCAUACAUGCCAGGAACUGCCGGAGGAAGAAAUCGAUACCAUGACAGACAAAAAUCACAGUCGGGAGCAAGAGGUCCCAAGAAAUCACAUAGACAGAAACAAGAAAACAGAGACUCCCAGCCUGACCCUGAAUCCUAUACAGAGACGGAGGUCGACUAUGAAACAGAAAGAGACUGGGUGACACCAACAGAGAUGGAGGGAGAGAGAGAAGAACCCAUAGCAGCAGAGGAAGAGACACCAUGGGAAAGACAUAGAGAGAUGGAGAUGGUAGAAAAGAAAGGAAAAGAGACGGAAGGAGAGAUAUACCAUGAUGCAGAAAGGGAGGGAGAGGAGGAGAGAAGUGGCGACUCUGAGUGGGACACGGAGGAAGACAGGGAAUACGAGAGGGAGAGAGAGAGGGAAAGGAUGGAGAUGGAGAGAGAGAGGAUGGAGCUUGAAAAAGAGAGGGAAGCAGAGCUGGAGUUGCAGAGGGAGAAAAUAGAGAGGGAGAGACAACUAGAGAGGGAGAACAUGGAAAAGGAGAGAGACCUGCAAAUGGAGAGGGAGAGUGAACUAGAGAGAACAGAGAUGGAGGGAGGCAGAGACCUGGACAGGGAGAGAGAGGAGUGGGAGAGAUGGAGGCAGGAGAUGGAAAGAGAGAGUGGAAGACCAGGAGAGUACGAGGAGGAAGGAGGAGUAAGACCCUAUCCAGGGCCAGAAUAUGACUAUUUGAAGGGCGCUCCGGGUGAAAAUGGACUUCCGGGACCGAAGGGGGAACUUGGUGAAAAGGGACACAAGGGUGAGCCAGGUAUUGGCCACAGAGGUCCUGUGGGACAGGCUGGUCCACCUGGAACUAAGGGUGAGCCUGGUGAACUGGGGCCUUCUGGUGCUCAGGGUAUCCAGGGUAUCCGUGGUAACCCCGGUAUUUCAGGUUCUCAGGGCUUGAGGGGCCAACCAGGAGACCCAGGAGAGGCGGGGAGAGAGGGAGACAGGGGUAGAAGGGGUAAGAAUGGAUCAGCCGGGACUCCAGGAGCUAAAGGGACACCAGGAAUAGAGGGCCCACCUGGUCUACCUGGGACGAAAGGAGAAAAGGGCGACAGUAUCCCGGGGGAACCAGGGGCCAGGGGUGUGGUCGGGAUCACAGGUCGCAGGGGUGAAAAGGGCAUUGCAGGAGUCUUAGGAGCCCCAGGACACACUGGUCCAAAGGGCUUCCCGGGCAGCAAAGGAGCAAAGGGCGACAGAGGUUUAGCAGGAAUACAAGGAGAAAGGGGAAGCCCCCUCCAAAUCCAGGGACCGAGAGGCUACAAGGGCUUAAAAGGAGAAGGGGGAGAGCGAGGCUCCCCAGGUUUUGAUGGAGAUAAAGGAGAGAAGGGCGAGGAUGGGCCCCCGGGGUUCAAGGGCCUCAAAGGAGAGGCAGGGGCCAAAGGAGCCAUGGGGCUGUUUGGGGUCCGUGGACCAGUGGGCCAAAAGGGAGAUACUGGUGAGCCUGGAGUCAAUGGAGAAGUGGGUCGUAACGGGGACGAUGGAUUGGACGGAGCCACAGGAGCCAAAGGAGACAUGGGACUCCAGGGACAGAAGGGAGAUCAGGGUGACAGAGGUGAACCUGGCUUACCAGGGGAUACUGGGCAGACAGGAGUGAAGGGAUUCCGAGGCCUACCUGGACGCAUAGGAAGCACUGGGCAAGAUGGAGAAAAGGGAGAGAUGGGUAUUCCUGGAACCCCAGGACAUCCAGGGCUCAAUGGACUCACAGGACGGAAGGGUGAAAAAGGGGACGGGGGUAUCAAUGGAGUAGAGGGAGCACCAGGACUAAGAGGAGAGAAGGGUGCCACUGGUUUCCCAGGGUUCCCUGGGUUUAAGGGGUCAGCAGGGACACCAGGCAGUGAUGGAGCGGAGGGGCGACCAGGACGUAAUGGGUCCAAGGGAGAGACAGGAACCAAGGGAGAGAGGGGCAGGAGAGGCAGAGGGAAGCCUUGUCAGACAGGACCACCUGGAAGUCCGGGACAAAGAGGAGGCAGUGGAGAGCUCGGAAACGAGGGACUAAAGGGAGAGAAAGGGGAACCCGGACUCUCUGCCGAGGAGGUGAAGGAUCUGGUCAACCAAGAGGUUGUGAACCAGUGCGGGAUGGACUUGAAGUUUGUGGUGAAGUCCAAGGACCCGGAUGCUGAGAGCAUGUUGUUUGAGAGGGAACCGGACGAGCCUGUAGCCAUCUUCACUCGCAGCCUACCUGAGGAUGAGAUGGGAGAGGAGGAAGAGGACAAUAAAAGACUUGUAAAGGAGCUGGUAGGAUCAACCACUCCUCCCCACGUCCCCUUGCGAGAGGAGGGGACCCCAGGUGAUGACAACCUUACCGACUCUGGAGCCAACAGGGGAGCGGAUUGGGGACUGAGGCACAGGAGAAGAAGGGUUCCAGGAGUCGGGCCACGCUCAUCAGACUUGACCCCUGACCCCUGCCUGCUGCCCAUGUCAGAGGGGGGAUGUUGGGAGCAUGUCCUGCUGUGGUACUACCACCCCCACUCCGGGAAGUGCCGGCCGUUUGUCUACGGGGGUUGUGAGGGCAACCACAACCGCUUCAACACCAAACAAGAAUGUCAGAGGUGGUGUGGGAAAGAGAGGAGAGGUCUUGAGCCUAGAAGGUGAGAGGGAGCUGCCAAUCAAGACAAUUAUUUUUUUUGUAAAUGCCACAGUGUAAAAUGUUCGUAUUUUUGUGCAGAUCUGGAUAUUUUAAAUAUUUAAAGUAAACUAAUGAUUUUCCACACUUGAGAGAAAUGCCCAUAUAGAGCAGAGCUGCAUGGGUUUCAUAGAUUUGCAAAAUCAUUCGAAAUGCUUUAUCUGUGCCUGUUUGAGCUUGCCUGGCUUUAAUUACCCAAUAGAAAAGUCCCAAAACUGCAAAACCCUGUCCAUCUGGGACUCCAGGCAGUCUUUUAAGCUAACGCUCAAAUUAUUUUAAAAGUAUUUGAACCCAGGUCUAAUACAGCUAUUGUAUUUUCUAUGGACUAUGCCAAUUACAGUUGACUCACCAUGUGAAUGUUAUGAAUGUGUUCUUUCAUGUUUUAAUCAAAAGGUAGCCUGCACAUUCUAUAUUACUAUAGUAUAGUAUAGCACAUUCUAUAGUACUAUAGUAUAGCACAUGCUAUAGUAUAGCACAUGCUAUAGUGCUAUAAUAUAGCACAUUCUAUAGUACUAUAGUAUAGCACAUUCUAUAGUACUAUAGUAAAGCACAUUCUAUAGUACUAUAGUAUAGCACAUUCUAUAGUACUAUAGUAUAGCAC